AACCCUUUUAAACUGUCGCUCCUUUCGUCAUGGCCUCCCCGAGAGGCUCACCCCUGUCCGCUGUAUUUCUCAAUUCUCCGACACACGGCGGCCUUCCCCUCUCCUUGCACGAAAUCAAUGAGGACCAACCCGAUGGAGGAGCGUACAGCGUAAUAUCCUCCCGGAUGACCGAUGUUAGCGACAGUGCCUCCGACAUAAUGGGUCUCGCCGAGGCGCAAUUAUCGCAAAAUGUUUCCUCUCGCCGGUCUUCGCUUCAACCCCCUCUAGGACACGCUAAUACCCGGAUCUCCGUAAGCGAUCCACAACCCGAUGCCUUCUCGACUCGACCCAGUACGGCUGUGUCAACAUCUACGACUGCGAGAGGAUAUUCAAAUCCUCCGCCUUCUCGGAGAGGUUUAUCGUCGGUUGGGGGAAGCCAACGGGGUAGACCAUCGUCAUCCGCAUCGAGAACUCACGCCCCGUCGUUGACAAGUCACGCAUUUUACCGACCAAUGAGCUCUACAAAGCUGCAAGCGCAACGGGGGAAAGUCACGGAGGAAGACGAGGCGGAGCAGAAUCGGAUACGGGGUUUCGCGCAGGCUGCCCGGGGGGUCACCGACAAGCCUCCGGUAUUGGGGCUAUCGAUGCAUGAACCGAUCAUACAUCAACACCGAGCUAGCGAUGAUCGGGCCCAAUACGGCCAGUCAGGCUCUGGAUCUCCAACUGGCCACACCAUGCAUACGGCUCAGUCAAUAACGUCCGUUUCGCCCCUCAAUACCUCUGCUGACUCCUCCCCCGAUAACCGACAAUCCGUCGGCAAUGGUCACAGGGUUGUUGUGAACGGUUCAAGUGGUAAUCAACUACCAAAGCUGGAUAACUCAAGUCGGGGCUCAAGUGUAGCCAAGCCGAAACAACAGCCGCAAUCCUACAGGGAAAAGAACUGGCAGCACUUCCCCGGGAAGACUGCUUUCUGUCUUGGAGGGAGAUUCCAAACAGCGCGAGACGUACCGAUGAACCUUCUGACUGCGAUAUUGGUAACAUUGCCGGCAUGUCUAUUUUGUGGCUACUCGUAAGUAUCUCUAACCCGAGUGAGAUUAUGUGAAACUAAUACCAGGACUCAGUGCGAAAUGGCUUUGGAAACACGUUUCACCGGCGCUGCCGGUGACGUUCGGUUAUCUGUAUCUCUUGUGUAUGAUGUCAUUUCUCAAGGCAGCUGUAUCAGAUCCCGGUGUUGGUCCCACCUGUCAUUUAAUCCGUUUGGUAUCUGCUAAUAUCCGGCAGAUAUACCCACGAAAUGUUCAUCCUCUCGAAGCAGACGAUGUAGAUGAUGCCCUAGCUGUGCCUCCGCUCAAUGAUUGGGCACUAAUUAAACCGCCAAAGCCAAGUCAAGUGCAUCUAGAAGUCCCUAUCAAAUACUGCCGGACCUGUCGGAUUUGGCGCCCUCCUCGCUGUCAUCAUUGUCGUAUAUGCGAUAACUGCAUAGAAACUCAAGAUCACCACUGUGUCUGGCUUAACAACUGUGUUGGACGCCGCAACUACCGGUAUUUUUUCGCAUUUGUCUCAACUGCUACCAUGUUGGCAUUUUAUCUCCUAGCGUUAUCUCUCGUACAUCUCCACGAGUGGAAAAAACAGACGAAUCAUUCAUUCUCCGAUGCAAUAAGGGAGUGGCAGAUUCCCUUUGGGAUGAUUAUAUAUGGCGCUCUCGCGGCACCUUAUCCUUUAGCAUUGCUCGGAUACCAUGUAUUUCUGAUGACAAGAGGAGAGACAACGAGGGAAUUUCUCCACGGCCACAAGUUUGUUAGAAGUGAGCGACAUAGACCAUUUGCACAAAUACACGCAAUUUACAAUUUUGUCGUAGUAUUAUGCAGACCUCGACCUCCGACGUAUGUUAUCCACCUCCCUCCGGAGAUUAGAGGCGAAGUAGCUAACGAGAAACAGAUACAUUCAGCUCAAGAGUGUUUACCACAUUGGCGACCAGCGUUUUGAGCAACAGGAACAGCAGCAGCUAAGCGCAAACAUAGGCGAAUCUGGGGAUAGAGCAGAUGAACCGGUUCCAGUAGCGGAACAGCGAACACUAAAUUCUUAAAUUUAAUUUCCCACACUCACUUUACUCAAGCUCUUUUCGCCUUUUCCCUUCCUGAUGGCUCAAUUUUAACAUUGUAAUGUCUUUAGUUUCCUUUACAUCUACAUUUCGUACAUUUGCAGCUCACGCAUUUCAACUUUUCUGCUUUCAUAUUUUUUCUUGCUGGAUGUCACUGAAGGGUCUGAUACUACAUCGCUUUUCUUACUUUUUUUCCUUCUUUCGCAUUAAAUUUGUUGGGGCGGUUGGUGGCUGGAGGGAUGGGACGGGAGGUGAAUAGGUGGGGAUCUAUCUGUAUUUGUAUAACUGACUUUGAAGUGUAGUAUAUUGCAUCUAUAGCUUGAAUGCUAGCCAAAACAUCUAAUUUGCUGU